GGACCAUGCAUUUGCUGCAACACCUCAUCAGCCAGUAGUAGUGAACCAACCCAAGCAGCAACAACCCAAGCGCAACCGAUCGACAUGGCUGACUACUACGGCGGCAGGACCAUGUACUCCAAGACCGACGAGUGCUACGACACCGGCAGGCACGGCGGCAGCCAGAGGGUGUACUCCCACACCGACGAGUGCUACGACGACGUGGACCGCAGGAGGCCGGGGGCCUACGCCGACGACUGCUACAACGGCGCCGGCUACGGCGGCGCCAGGCAGGCCGCCGUCUACUCCGACGAGUACUCCCGCAGCGGCUAUGGCAGCGAGCAGGAGCAGUUCAAGAGGGAGGAGAGGGAACACAAGCAUAAGGAACGCCUCGGCGAGAUAGGCGCCCUCGCCGGCGGCGCCUUCGCACUGUACGAGGGGCACCGUGCGAAGAAGGACCCGGAGCACGCGCAGAGGCACAAGAUCGAGGCGGGCGUGGCGACGGCGGCGGCGCUGGGCGCCGGCGGCUACGCGUACCACGAGCACCGCGAGCAGAAGGAGGCCCGCUACGAGGGCAAGGACCACAGGGUGCCGCACGGCUACUACUGCAACUAAUUACUGAGCGAUCGAUCGAGUCAUGCUGAUGCAUCGAGCUAGAUGGAAUGGAUCGCAUGCAUGCCGGCGGCGACACGACGGGCGUGCAAGUACUCUAGUAAAUAAGAGCAGAUGUGACGACUCCUUGUGUGCUGCUCACUACACUACAUAUUGACCGUUACUAGUAGGCAUACAAAAACGGUUGCAAUAAUAAUGUAAAUCACUACUCCGCAUGCUUCGGCAGGCAGGUACCGUGUCUAUAACCAUGCAUCAUUAUUAAUAUAAUGCAAUUAAGUAAGCGUA